AGCCAGCACACCAACAUAGACAACUCAAUUAAGGAACAUAAUACAUUAGCAACAAGUUCCUUAAUCAAACAUUUUUUUUUCUCUCUAUUGUUUACCACCUCUCUGUCACCUUUCCAAAAAGGAAGAGGAAUUCAAGAAUUCACAUACAAAUUUCAAGAAAAAAGAUAGAAAAUACACAUAUACAUACAUAAGAAGAAGAAGAAAAAAUGGUGGUUUUAGUAUAACGACUUUACGUUGACUGUAAAAAAGAUACAAUCUUUAAGAUCUUGCCGGCCGCCGGCAACUACCCUUUAGCCCAUUUCCGGUGGUUUUGAAGUUUUGAACUUUUUUUUUUGACAUUUUGGUGAAAAUGGGUUCUCUUCCAAUUGCGGUUUCUGGGUCCACCGUCAACAGUGGCGGUUGUAGGUGGUGGGGGUGGUGCAACAAGAAUAAUAAUUCUGGCAAGAGUGGUACUAAUGGCAGUGGCAGCAGUGAUUCUUGUGCUAACUCAUCAGCUUUUGUGUUCUUUUUGGUGUCUUUUGUUUGUCUUGCUUCAAUUGCUGGACUUUACUGUAGAGUUUUACUUCCCCCAAAUGUACAUACAACACUUUCUUCUCUGGGGUGUAAUGAGGAUAACGAAGGUUCUUGGUCAAUUGGGGUCUACUAUGGUGACUCUCCUUUUAAUCUUAAACCCAUUGAAGAGGCAAAUGUUUGGAGGAACAACACUGCAGCAUGGCCAGUGGCAAAUCCUGUUGUCACUUGUGCUUCAGCUUCUGGGGCUAGUUUUCCUAGUAACUUUGUUGCUGACCCUUUUCUUUAUGUUCAGGGAGACAUCCUUUACCUGUUCUUUGAAGCAAAGAAUUCAAUCACAAUGCAAGGGGAUAUUGGAGUUGCAAGAAGUACCGAUAAGGGAGCAACGUGGGAGCAGUUGGGUGUUGCUUUGGAUGAAGACUGGCAUCUCUCCUAUCCUUAUGUCUUUGACUACAAUGGCAAUAUCUAUAUGAUGCCUGAGGGAAGUGCUAAAGGGGAUCUUCGUCUUUAUCGAGCUGUAAAGUUUCCUACGGAAUGGAAACUGGAAAAGGUCAUAAUGAAAAAGCCGCUUGUUGAUUCUUUUAUCAUUCAACAUGAUGGGAAGUACUGGCUUUUUGGUUCAGAUCACAGUGGAAUUGGUGCCAAGAAGAAUGGUCAGUUGGAGAUUUGGUAUAGUAGCUCGCCUCUGGGUCCUUGGAAACCGCAUAAAAAGAAUCCUAUCUAUAACACAGAUAAGAGCAAGGGUGCCCGAAAUGGAGGUAGACCAUUUUUAUAUGAUGGCCAUCUUCAUCGUGCUGGUCAAGACUGUGGUGAGACAUAUGGGCGGCGUUUACGUCUAUUUAAAAUAGAAGCUCUGACACCUACUGAUUACAAAGAAGUUGAAGUUCCUCUGGGUCUUAAAGAGUCAAUGAAAGGACGGAAUGCCUGGAAUGGUGCCCGCAGUCAUCAACUUGAUGUGCAGCAACUAAGCUCUGGGGAGUGGGUUGCAGUAAUGGAUGGGGACCAAGUCCCUUCAGGAGAUGUAAAUCGACGGUUUAUUUUAGGUUGUGCAUCAGUUUUAGGUGUUGUAAUGCUGGUUAUAGUGUUUGGUAUGCUACUAGGAGCAGUGAAAGGAUUAGUUCCCUUAAGUUGGUGCCCUCACAAUGUUGGAAAGAGGAGUGACGCUUCGUUCGAUUGGGAAAGAUCAAGCUUGUUAUCUAAUAGAAUGAGAUUAUUUUGUAGUCGGUUGAACAGAGCAAGCUCGUCACUCCGUGCCAGAAUAAAGCCAAAAACAUGCAGUGGAGGAUGGGUUCUUGCUGUAAUAUUUAUAGUCACUGUGGUGUUAAUGUGCACUGGAGUGAAAUACAUCUAUGGAGGCAGCGGUGCAGAGGAAGCUUACCCGUUGAAUGGUCAGUACUCUCAGUUCACUUUAUUAACAAUGACCUACGAUGCUCGGCUCUGGAACUUGAAAAUGUACGUCAAGCAUUACUCAAGGUGUUCUUCAGUACGUGAGAUCGUUGUAGUGUGGAAUAAAGGCCAACCUCCAGAACUGAGUGAGCUCGAUUCAGCAGUGCCAGUGAGGAUAAGAGUAGAGGAACAGAACUCACUAAACAAUCGAUUCAAAGUAGAUCCUUUGAUAAAGACACGAGCAGUUCUUGAACUUGAUGAUGACAUUAUGAUGCCUUGUGAUGAUGUUGAACGGGGAUUUAAGGUAUGGCGUGAGCACCCUGAACGCAUCGUUGGGUUUUACCCCCGGCUUGCAGAUGGAAACCCAUUGAAAUAUCGAGCUGAGAAUCAUGCUCGCGAGCACAAUGGAUACAACAUGAUUCUGACAGGAGCUGCCUUCAUGGACAGCAAAAUGGCUUUCGAAAAGUACUGGAGCAAAGAAGCUGCAGCAGGCAGGGCAGUGGUGGACAAGCUUUUUAACUGUGAGGAUGUGUUGCUAAACUACUUGUAUGCAAACGCGAGCUCUUCCAGUACAGUUGAAUACGUAAAACCAGCAUGGGCAAUUGAUACUUCAAAGUUUUCUGGCGUUGCAAUUAGCCGGAAUACACAGACUCACUAUGGACUCAGAAGCAGUUGCCUCCAAAAGUUCUCAGAAAUGUAUGGAAGUAUAUCAAGUAGAAAAUCAGAAUUUCACCAUCGAAAAGACGGGUGGGAUGUAUAGCAGGGAACAAAUGUUCUAGCAACAUAGUUGAAGUUAGUGUUCUCCAUAUUUUUUUCUUCUUUUUUGCUGUUGGUAUAAUUUUGGUUUUGUGAUUUUGGUCAAGCUUUGUUUACCUCCUGUUGUGAAUUUUGCUUUGGGAGGACUUCACAACUUUUGUAUGUCAAAUGUACAUUAGUUUAGAUACAUAAGUUGAUAUACUUCUUUUGUUGUCCCAUCAGAUUUCAAGAUA